UGCAUAAAACCGGCGUGUUGCUGACGCACUGGUGUGGUUGAAGCUACGAGGUCGUAGUGCCAGUUUGUCCUUGUAGAGUAUUGUAAACUUUUAUAAGAUAAUAUAUAUUUUCUGUAAAAUUUUCUCUCCACAAUCUUGCGAUGUGCAUUGAAACGAUGGAUGUGAGCAACGCUGAACACAUGGAAGCUCUCCGGCUAACUUUGAAACCCACAACCAAGGUCCGCUGGACGCAGCUGCGCAUGGCCGCUGAGGAGGACGAGCACUUCGGAUCGUGUCGAGGCACCACGGCGAAGCAGAACACGGGGAAGCGCCAACGACGGGAUGGGCGACGGGCAGUAAGAUGCGUCGGUCUCCCUUACAGCGUGGAUCAACGGAAGGACAGACGAGCCGCGGCCUGCACGCGACAACUUCAUCCUGGAGCAAUGGCGCCGGAGAACACCACGCAGUACUUGAUAAGCGAGCACGAAGACAACAUGGCGUCGAAUAGCAAUGACUCGCAGAAACCAAUCGCCUCGCUCGGUACACCGUCCCUUCUUUACGGCGAAUGCCUUUCACCCAGUAGUGUUUACACAGCACUGGAUUCUGAAUAUUAUGAGAAUUGUCUUGCCUUCCAACAGAGGGACUUUGAGGACAUGUUUAGCACAUGUUGGUAACCCGGAUGUCGGGGAAUGACGUGACCUCGCAUUCCAAGGCGGAGGAACUUUUUCCUGUUGGAAAAGUGGCGCACUGGACGCCGCCCCGCCCAGUCAGGGAGCGCUCCCAAGCCUCCCGACGCGCUGGCCCGACGAGCGGACCAAACGCACCUCAGCUGUGGUCUGGCCACUGGUUGCAAGUCAGGUAACACUGGGCAGGUAUUGUUGCACUGCUUUGUCCUUCAUGGUUCCAUGCAACCUCUGUCACUGUCUGAGAGUUUUCCAGGUCAACCCUGCCGCGACUAAAGGCUCUGCUGCGGGAGACCCUGGAGUUCGCUCGGUCUUCCAAGACUCAUGAAAGGUGACCUUUUAACAUAAGACACUUGUAGUCGCUAUAAAAGACGCUUGUACACGUGUCUUGUACCUAGGAUCGAUUUCGGAUUAUGUUUAUAUUCAAAUUUGGCUUGGAUAGAUGUGGAUCGUGUGAUCAAAAGUUGAUUUUAUAAAUGAAUGUCCAAAUAAAGGCGCUUGAUGUGUACAAAAGCUUUUUUUGUUAUCCUUUUGCAAAUUGUCAAACAUUGAAAGUGAAAUGAUGCAAGAAAACCUCACAUUGCAUAGGUAAGUUUUAUUUUGAACAAGCUAUACUUGUUUUUAAUUUUUUGCUCAUCCGCCUCAACCCCUAUGAGACAAACACAUAUCUAUCUUUGGCCACUAUUUUGAUUUCACAAAAACUGACAGCAUUCUAUAGAAUAUUAACUUUUUAAGAAUAAGUGAAUACAUUAUACCGCUGAUUCUCUGCCGUUUCUUUAAGUUACAAAAGGGCAUCUUUAUUGGUCACGUGACGUUUUCUUGAAGCGAUUCACUGGGGUUUGGGGUUUCGCUCUUUGAGGUCGACACAUAUGCCGACGUGUCGAUAUUCCCGGAUGUGUUUUUGGAUGCUGCUAUCCCUGUGUCUAGCAGUGUUUUAGGUUUAGUUAUUUUUGGGUAUUUUUUUUCACCCGUGGCUGGGCCUGGAUGAUGUUACACUUUUUCCUUUUGUGUUUUUGGACUCUUUGUAAUAAACUUUAGUUACACGGACACUCUUCUCUGCAUCUUGAGGUCCUAGUUACUGGCUAGAGGAAGACUAGAAAGAAACGCAUUCUGAAAUCUAAAAAUGUGAGUUGUAAAUACCAGAGUUUUAAUGUUCUGGUAAGUCAAGCACAUUUGCAUUGUUUGGCUUGAAAUAAGCCGUGAAGAUAAAUGUUGCAAAAAUGAGUAGCUCUUGGCAAUUUGUAAAAGUAGCUCUCACAAAAAAAAUGUUGCUUACCCCCUGAUAAAGUCAAUAGUACAUUUACAAUCGAUGAGUUUCAGUAUCCGUACGGAGGAUUGGUAUCGGCAGCAUAAAACCCUUGCUCAAGAGGUUGAAGCUUUACUAGUUCCUGGACGUCCUGUACGCAUCGGCAUCCCAAAGUAAUCAUAUCCUCCUCAUUGGGACGUGGCUCCACCCACUUCAAUCGAGCAGCGUUUGCUCAGUGUGAUCACCUCCAUCAGUCUGCAGGUGGCAGCCAUCAGAGGAACAGCGACUCCUCGUCAUUAAAGUCCUUUCCUUUCCAUGUGGACACACGUCUCACCUCAGCAAUGUUCAUGCAUCCAUGAGGUUCCCCUCUUUCCUCGCCUGGUCAAUUGCACAAGUGGAGUGCAAUAAUGAGUUCACAGUGCGAAGUAGUCGGUUUGAUACUUAAUUCAACUGUUUAUUGCUGUGUUUUUCGACAUAAAAUUCUUUAGAAUCAUAUAUGUCACUUUGAAGGUGUAAUUCAUCUCAGCUGUCUAAUUUGGCCAUUUUAUUGCUGUUGUGUAAAUUCGCUGGUGAUGCCUUCACUGACCUUUUGUAAUCUUAAAGUUUCAUUUGCGUCCAGCCAACGGUGCAUUCAAGGACAAUUGUAAUUUUCAGCGCUUGGCGAGAAUACACAAAGACAGUAAUUCUCCUAAUGGCCCUACAGUAUUUUGGUAUCAGUUACAUUUGUAUUUAGAUGUAUCUAUCUAUGUCUAGAUAUAAUUGCAUAUGCUUUGCAUGGUUAAUGUGAUUACGACUAUCUUAUUUGUGUCUUAUAGAAACCAUAAACAAACAGCUUCAUAAAAAGAGUGGCAUGAAUGUGACGGGACGUCUGCGAUCAUUAUUCCAGCCGGACAACCUGGGGAGAUUGAAAAUUCUAAUCAGUUGCCUUAUAGAGUCCUUUAGAGGUCACACGUUUGGAUAAUAUACCAACACCUCUUUUACAACCCUGAUCGGCGCAUCUCUACUUAUAAAGCAUUUUAAUCUGUCUAUCCAUUUUCUACUGCAAUGCGGAUGCUUUAGGGGUCAGGCGCCAUAAUAUGGUAGCCUACCCUGGUCAUUAAGAGAGAGCAAGAAGUAAAUUUUCCACCUAGCUAAUUCUGUAGCUAGUGCAAACACUUUUGACGAAGAAGAUGGCAAAAAGAAAGAGGAGUACCGUACAUUUCAACAAAUUUUGCUUUAUCAAUAUUGAGGUGUUUCUCGCCACCUUAUGUUGUCUAUUGUUAAUGUGAGAUUUACUGCUCGGUUUUUCAUCUAUCAUGAUCCCAAAAAUGUAUUUUUGCUCACCAUUUCUAUGUCCACACCGUCAAUUUGUAUUUGGUCAUACAUGUCCUUUCUGCUAUUACCAAAUAGCAUUAUUUUAGUUUUACUUAGGUUCAAGUAUAAUCUAUUUUUAUCAAACCAUCUUUUUAGUAUGGCCGUUUCAUCUGUGACUUUAUUCAUUAGCUCUCCUGUGCUUUCCCCAGAACAAAAAGCAGUAGCAUCAUCCGCAAAUAAUACCAACUUUAAGUCACUUUACAGAUGUCAUUAAUAAACAAUGUAACCAAUUUUGGACCCAGUAUUGACUCUGUGGUCCUCUGCACGUAAUAAUUAAACUUGCAGAUGUGUAUUCUCCUAGCUUUACAAAUUGCUUCCUGUUUGCUAGGUAACUUUUAACCCAAUUUAAAACUAACUCUCUGAUUCCGUACCUUUCCAACUUUGUAAUUAGGAUGUUGUGAUUAAUUGUAUGGAAAGCUUUUGUCAGAUGCAUAAAUACUGCAGCUGGUCUAUAGCGUUGGUACUUUUCUCAGUCAUUUCAAUCAGUGCCAUGGGGGUUGAAAUGCUAGCUCUGUAUCCGUAUUGGCUGUCCGCAAGUAAUUCAUUCUUAUUAAUACAUUUGUCCAAACUGCUAUUAGAAAAUUGUGGUAAUGAGGAAACUGGUCGGUAGUUUGUAAAUUUAUGUUUGUUUCCGUUUUUGAAGAUUGUAACUACUUUAGCUGUUUUCAUUUUAUUAGGAAAUUUACCAGUCUGGAAUGAUAAGUUACUGAUGUACCUCAGCGGUUCUACGAUGUCCUUGAUAAGCCUUUUAUAUCGUUUCCAUUUCAAUUCCAUUACAAUCAGCCGACGUUUUUGCUUGACAGUUCUUGACAAGAUCAGUGAUUUCCUUUUUUGUCACAUCAGCGAGGAACAUGGAAUUAAGAUUCCUGUCUAUUGUUUCAUUCCUUUCCUCGACUGUCCAGAAUUUUGGAAUCUCUUCUUCCUGUUUUGGUCCAAUAUUUACAAAGUAGUUAUUCAACUUUUCAACUACCUCAUUCAUAUCAUCAUUAUUGGUGUUUCCAACCAUAAAAUAAUGAGGACAGUCUGCUUUCUUAGUACUAUAAUACUGUUUAGAAAGCCCCAAGUUGCUGUAAUAUUGUUUUUAUUUUUGUCUAAUAAUUGACUGUGAUAUUCUUUCUUACACACGCUUAAGAUUGUCAACUUAUUUUCGUAUGUCUGAUAUGUUUUUCUGCUUCUUUGGCUUGUUGAAUGAUAAUUUCCUCAUCCAUCCGUCUUCUUCCGUUUAUCCAAGGUCGGGUCGCGGGGGCAGCAGCCUAAGCAGGGAAGCCCAGACUUCCCUCUUCCCGGCUCCUUCGUCCAGCUCCUCCCGGCGGAUCUCGAGGCGUUCCCAGGCCAGUUUAGGGACAUAGUCUCUCCAACGUGUCCUGGGUCUUCCCCAAGGCCACCUACCGGUUGGACGUAGAUCGACCAGUAAAUUGAGAGCUUUGCCGUUCGGCUCAGCUCCCUCUUCACCACAACGAACCGAUGCAGAGUCCGCAUCACUGCAGACGUCGCACCAAUCCGCCUGUCCAUCUUGCGUUCCUGAUCAUUUCCUAUACAGGCAUUUUUUAGUCCUUUUGUCUAUUUAUUAUUUUGGCCAAGUUUUCAUCCACAAAUGCAAAUAUUGCAGUAAAAAAAACAUUUUCAUUUUUUUCCUCAAAGAUUUUGAACAAUAUAUUCAACUUAUAAACAAACCUGACAACAAGAAGGCUCUAAAAAAUGAAGAAUUUGCUCUGAUUUAAAGUUUUUCAUUUCAUGUAACGCCUGGCUGUAUGCUUCAAGGGACACCCACGUAACACCCAACGUUAAAAUAAUAUUCUCCUAUUGCUCCCGCAAUGUGCAAAACUUAUGUAACAUUCUUGGAACAUUCUAUGAAUGUUGCCCCUCAAGUUCGCAGCAAACAUAUUCAGAACGUUUCCGCGUCAUGCUAGCCGAACGAUCAAUGAACGAUCCCACUGUUUGGUCCCGUGGGUCGAGGACACGCGCAUGCGCAAGGCCUAUACUUCCCUCGUGUGGAGCUCGGUGGUAGGACAGCAAAAUAUCAUCCCCGGAAAUCGACAAAACUAGACCGCAUCCACCAACCAAAUGUCAGUAAGUAGAAUGAAUCAAGUAUAAAGAACCUUUUUAUAGUUUAAUUUCACACAAAAGUGCACAGAGUAAUCAAUAACAAGACCUAAGUCCAAGCUGCCAGUGUCCACCAAAUAUUAAUGGCUUGCACAUUCAUUGUUAUUGCAGGACUUAGUGACUCCCUUAUUAAAGCAGUUCUUACCAUAUAGCUUCAUGUAAAUGACGCCAAAAGACACUUGAAAAAGUUAGUAUGUACACAAUGGACGUAAUAUCCACUUCCCCGUAGGAGAAAAACGAGCUCCAAACUAACCGCAUUGCUUGUUUGUUUUAAAAACGGGGGGACAAAAGACGAGAAAAAACGACGGUUCGUUCAUUUCAAGGAACCGGCUCUCGUCGUUCAGUCCAAAGAGCUGGAUUGUUCGCGAACGACCCAUCACUAGUGCCUACUCCCCCUUGCUGCAGGACCUCCGAUGAGAGGCCCCGAGAAAGGAAAGGGCGCCACGCCGAGAAGGAGGCUAGGGAGAAUGGCUUCUCUGCGGUAGCGUUUGUACACCGAGAAGACGCACUGCGUGUGAGCAAAACCUGCUUGACUCCAAACCAGCCCUGCGUGCGGCGUCUCCACCGUCUGCCCUCCCAUUGCCUCCGAGCCAUCAGUCACUCUCCACCCCGUGCCCGGCACGAGGCGGCGGCUUGCUGCAAGCGGCAGCUCGGUGGAGACGACCUCCAUGCACCGGCCGCUCUGAAGGCCACCGACAGACCGAGACGCGAGGGAGCGAGAAAGGCAGCGUAGAGGGGAAGAUGUUGAUGCGGUGCUACCGGGCCAGGCUGUCGGCGUGGGCCGCUGUGUUCGUGCUGGUACUGUGCUGGUUCUAUGUGUUCCCGGUGUACAGGCUCCCCCGUGAAAAGGACAUCGUGGAAGAGGUGCUGAGGCAGGGGAACGCCUGGAAGAGGAACCAGACGGGCAUAGACUUGUACAGGAAGCUGAUGAGGGACUGCUGCGACCCCCAGAAGCAGUUUGCGCUGACUAAGGAGAACACGCCGUUGGGCAAAGUGCUGUGGUACGACGGCGAGUUCUACUACUCGCACACGGUCAACAACGACACGCACUCGCUGUUUGUGCAGGACAACCCUUUGCAGCUACCCCUGAAGAAAUGUGCGGUGGUGGGAAACGGAGGCAUCCUGCGGCACAGCCGAUGCGGGCGCAACAUCGACCAGUUCGACUUCGUCAUGAGGUGUAACCUUCCGCCCGUUUCCAAGGAAUUCGUGGAGGAUGUGGGAAGCAAAACCCACCUGGUGACGGCCAACCCCAGCAUCAUUGACAAAAGAUUCCAGGGCCUCCUAUGGUCCAGAAAGUCCUUUGUGGACAGCGUGAAGGCCUACGGCUCUAGCUACAUAUACAUGCCGGCCUUCUCCAUGAGGCCCGGCACCGACCCGUCCCUGCGGGCCUCCUACGCCCUGGCGGACUCCUCGUCCAACCUCACCAUGCUCUUCGCCAACCCGGCCUUCCUGCGCAGCGUGGGCCAAUUCUGGAAGGCCCACAACGUGCACGCCAGGCGCCUCUCCACAGGGCUCUUCAUGGUGAGCCUGGCGCUGGGGCUGUGCGAGGAGGUGGUCGUGUACGGCUUCUGGCCCUUCUCGGUGGACCUGGCCGAGCGGCCCAUCAGCCACCACUACUACGACAACGUGCAGCAGAACAGCUGGUUCCACGCCAUGUCUGAGGAGUUUGUGCAGCUGUGGGAGCUGCACAAGAGCGGAACACUGCGGAUGAGGCUGGGACGCUGCUCUCAAGAGGAGCCGGGGAGCUAGUGCGCCGCCAGUGAGCGUCCCUAAUGCAAACAUGAACUGCUCAUACAUUACCCUCCCUAAUGCCAAGAUAAAUAUUCACCAUAGCUCCAUCCAAGCCUCUUGGGACUAAUUCAGGUGGAUUUCUAAGGGGGCGGGGAGUUGUUACUGUAUCUUUUUGACAUAUGGGGCAGCUGGACCACACCCCCUACAUCGCCAUUACCUCCCCCAGUUGUCAAACAGAAGGCGGGGAGGAGCUGCGGGAAUAGUUCAAUCGGUUGUCGUCCAGAUGCCAAAUAAGGCUUUCGGUCAAGACAGGAGCCACGGGUGGCCAAUCAAGUCAACCCAAGUUGAACCCUCCUGGGACAAGAAGGGGAAAUAUUUAGCUUAUUGCCAACUCUCAGACACGCUGUGUGCGGUCUUACUAUUAUUUGGCAUCUUCCUGUCCCCUCUCCUCCGGUAUUUUUCAUAGAAAUAUUGUGUUUUGGUGCAUGUGCACGAGAGCCAAACACGAUGCCUAAGAGCAGCUAAAUACUCCUUUGCGGUUUUUUGCGUGCAAAGGGUGAUAAGUGUGAAUGUGCCAUACGGUCAGCUGAGAUACCAGCCGAUGAUGUCGUGUUUGUGCCCAUUGUCCUGUGACGGUUCACGGCAGACGUGUAUUUGUUUUUUUUGUCGCUGUUUACUUGCACUAACUUUUGUUUGUUGAGCCGUCAUGUGACUUGGUCAUGGAGGAGGGCUUUCAACGGUGUAUAUUUGGUCUUGUCUAUUUCCCCGUGUUUCCCCAUACAUUCAUUGAGUUUCACCCUCGCUCAUUAACACAUAAGGCACCUGGAAUGCCGGAGAAGAAGACGUAGCAGGAGGUAUGGGUGGUGUGGGGUGGGGCAAACUGUGGCCCAAGCGUUUGAAUCUGGCUCACCAGUCGUUUCCAAAUUCCUUUUUUUACAACCUUUAACAUGGAAGCUGUAU